AUGGCACAGUUUCCCCUACAUCAACACCUUGCCAAAGGGACUCUGACGAUGCCGGAAGAUACGUCUAUCAAAGCCACGAGGAGCUCGACCUCUGCUGCGUCUCCUGUAGCUGACCGGUAUGCCUUUUCCGUUGCGAACAACAAAGGCUGCAAACAAAUGCCUGGGUUCACCCAAGCCAAUCAAUCGCUGCCAGUACCGUCGCAGCCAGCUUACCUGCAGGACGAUCUCGCCAAUGAGUUCACGCUACUGUCAAGAACAUCUUACCCUAUUCUUAACGAGCAUUCCAUUGGCCUGAACGGUUUGAACGUCGCGGCCCUUCCUCGUCUCGAUGUAGAUGUGGGGGUCGGGUUGUUUGAUGGGCAGAUCAACAUACCGUUCCCACGCAACGACGACGUCCUCAAUGAAUGCGCAACCAACUGGUUGAUGCUUGAUGGCCCUUCUAUCGAUGAUUCGCAUGUGCUGGAUUCUUCGUCUGCCUUACCCAACGAUAUUCCAUAUUCCGACAUCUUUCUCGGUUUGAACGCUGAUCAGCAUGCAAGCACUCAACCCUUGAGAGAUGCCCAGACCCUCGAUGCUGCCUAUCCUAUGGAACCUGUCUACCUUCCGGAUUAUCAAAGUGGCAUUUUCAUCGACUCCAUGUUCAACCAAGCAGUCGUGGAUCAGAAGAUGCAUGCUGUCGCUCUGGGAGAUGAAUAUCUAGUCGGUCGUCUGCCGUUCAACUCGAGCUCUUCGAUGAAACCGAUGGCCUCUUUUGACCAGUACUCGACCCUCAAGCCGGAGUACAUCCAGAUGCCUGCUUUCCUUCUGACCCCACCGUUCUUCAAUGGAGAUCCUGCUCCUCAAAGUCGAGCUGCAUCACGUCCAAUCAUGCCAGCCACCAACGAGGCCGGACUCAAUUCAGCUUCCAGCUUGCACCCCAUCCAGGUUGCUACCGCCUAG